AAAUCGAAAUUUUCUUAUUAUCUCCUUAUACUCCAUCUCUGUCCGAAAAAUCAACCUUCCACUUUUUUAGAUAAAUAUAUUUAUAGCUUUUCUUUACUGGAAAAAUUAGGAUCACCAACUUUUUAGUUUUAAGCUCUCCGUUUGAGCUUAAUUCUACUUCCUGUAAUCAAGAAACUGCAGUGAAUCUCACUGUAAAAAAAAAAAGAGAAAUUUUUUUUCAAAAAUCCGUUCUUGAAGUUGUCCCUGCGGUUCUACUUCUGUGUAAGGUUCUCAAUUUGUUCUUUGUUUUUUUUUUUUUCACGUUUCAAGCUUCAGUAGCAUGGUUUAGUUUCUGGGUUUCUGUCAAGUUUGAAUUUUUCACUGGAAAGCUGUUCUGGGUGUUCUAAUUUUGAGCUAAAAGUUGAAUGCUUUUGGUGUCUAGAGCACAGGAAUUUGUGGGGUUUUUAACCAUGGAGGGAAGAGAAGGUGUGAGUAGUAGUGGAGGUGUUACAGUGGUGGGAUCAGAUGCUCCGUCAGAGUACCACGUGGCUCCAAGGCCGGAGAACCCGGCCCAGACUCCUGGAUCGGCGGCUCAGCCGGCGCCGGCUCCUCCUCCGCCGCAACCGGUGGGCGGCGAGCUUGCAGUUGCUGUGGCGGGAACGGGGAUGCCAAUGAAGAAGAAGAGAGGACGGCCGAGGAAGUACGGGCCGGACGGGUCGGUGACGAUGGCGCUGUCCCCGAAGCCGAUAUCUUCGUCGGCGCCGCCGCCAGUGAUCGACUUCUCCUCGGCGGGCCCUAAGCGAGGCCGAGGGCGGUCGACCGGGUCGGUCCCCAAGCCGAGCUUUGAAGUGGAGAAUUUAGAUUGUUUCUUUACAGGUGAUUGGGUUGCAUGCUCUGUUGGUGCGAAUUUCACUCCUCAUAUCAUCAAUGUUAAUACAGGCGAGGAUGUCACUAUGAAGAUAAUAUCAUUUUCUCAGCAAGGACCUCGAGCUAUAUGCAUUCUCUCUGCCAAUGGUGUGAUCUCGAGCGUUACACUUCGUCAGCCUGAUUCUUCCGGGGGUACAUUGACAUAUGAGGGUCGUUUCGAGAUUUUGUCCUUAACCGGGUCAUUCAUGCCCAGCGACACUGGAGGAACAAGAAGUAGAUCGGGCGGGAUGAGUGUGUCUUUAGCAAGUCCAGAUGGACGUGUCGUUGGGGGAGGAGUUGCUGGUCUCCUAGUAGCUGCAAGUCCUGUUCAGGUUGUGGUAGGCAGCUUCCUCGCGGGAAACCAGCACGAGCAAAAGCCGAAGAAGCAGAAGCAUGAUGUUAUUUCCACAGUCCCAUUACCGACGUCAUCCAUUCCAAUAUCGGCUGCUGAGAACUGGUCUGCAUUGCAGCCGGAUUCGAGAAAUAACAAGCAAACUGACAUUAAUGUGUCAUCUUUGCCUUGAGAGAGGUAGUACUGGUAGCAGUAGUGGUAGUAGUAGUAGUGCUAAAUGAUAUCUACUGAUCAUAUCAUGAUUUUUAACUGACCCACCACAUCGAUUUGGCUCUCUGCUUGUAAGUCUUGCGACUCCCGCAGUUUGUCUCUGUCUGUAAACUUCAUCUAGAGAGAGUAAUCUUCGGCCAGGGCCUCCUUGUUCUUCCUUCUUUUUUCCUCCCCCGGCUCUUGUAUCGGUGUUUGUGUUCAGAUUGUAGUUGUCUGGUUCAGCUAGGAUGCUGCUUCUGCUGGCGUGUUCGAUUUGCGUAGGAUGUUUAAUGAAAACUAUGGGAAUUACUUCGGAAUUUUAGCCGACUUUCUUUGAAAUUUGAUGGUUGCUCUUGAUAUUAGA